CACCAACCUCAUCACAUUAAAAAUCUCCCCACUUUCUUCUCCCCUUCCGCACCUAUACUUUAUCUCUCCGUAAAACAAUCUCUCUCUCUCUCACACAGCCGGCGGAGCAAAAUCCGGCAAGAUUUUCCCCGGAAAAUCUUCUUGAUCUUUCUUGAUAUUCUGUGGAUUUAUAGAGAUAUCUUUUGUUUUUCACCGAAUCGAUUCAAAAUAAAAGUUUUUUUGAAUUUUAAAAUAAAAUCGCCAUUGAUGCUUGAAAAAUUACGCCGGGGACUUCAUAAAGAGAAGCAAAUUGAUAUUCUAUAACGGUCGGAUGGAUUUCUUGAAAACAAUUGAAUGCGCCGGUGGUGGCGGUGGCGAUGGCGGUGGUGGUGGUGGCGGAGGCGGGGUUACCCAUUCUUUGAAAGAGGAGACGCUCGGUGAAGAAAACGUAGAGCUGAGUUUAGGUUUAUCGUUGAACGGCCGAUUUGGGGUGGAACGACGGAGAGUGGUGGCCAAUGGUUAUUACGACAACAAUAACAGAUUAAUCCGUGCUUCCUCCGUAGCAGAUUUCUCGAGUUUUCCGUCGGCAAUGGAAGAUCCGACCGCAUUGACGGUGUAUCCGCCGUUAACAAGGACGUGUUCGCUGCCGAUCGAGACGGGGGAUGAGUGGAAGAAGAGGCAGGAACUGCAGUCGUUACGGCGGUCGGAGGCGAAGAGGAAGCGUGGUGAAAAGCUUAAGAAUGGGAAAGUUGUGAAAGGGUUGUUGACGUCGGAGGAGAAUUACGAUGCAAAAAGAAGAAAUGUAAUGAAGGGAAACGAUCAGUCAUGGCAACCACCACCGCCGUCACUGUUACCUCCGCUGCCACGGCCGUCGCCGUUUCCGUCGCAGGUGUCCAUCGGCUCUCCUGCUAGCGGCGGAUCUUCUGGUGUUUCUGAGUUGGAAAGUCAACCUUUUUCAGGAAUAAAUAAAGAUGACAAGUCCACGGAUGAAACCCUAAAGAUGAUGUUUGCGGAUAUGCCUUGCGUUUCCACAAAAGGAGAGGGUGUUAAUGGCAAGAAGAUCGAAGGGUUUUUGUAUAGAUAUAGAAAAGGAGAACAAGUAAGAAUCGUUUGUGUUUGUCAUGGUAACUUUCUAACUCCAGCAGAGUUUGUGAAACAUGGUGGUGGUGGUGACGUGGAACAUCCUCUCAGACACAUUGUCGUUAACCCACCUUCUUUAUAA